AUGGCGCACGGGGGGCUGCAGGUGCUGGGGCUGGUGCUGUCACUGGCGGGGUGGGGGGCGUUGGUGGCGGCCGCAGUGCUGCCGCAGUGGCAGAUGUCCUCCUUCGCUGGGGACACGAUCAUCACGGCGGUGGUCACCUACCAGGGGCUGUGGAUGAGCUGUGCCAGCCAGAGCACCGGCCAGCUCCAGUGCAAGAGCUACGACUCCAUCCUCGCCCUGCCCGGGUACAUCCAGGUGACGCGGGCGCUGAUGGUGGUGGCGGGGGUGCUGGGCCCCCUGGCCAUGGGGGUGGCGGUGAUGGGGAUGAAGUGCACCCGCUGCGGAGGGGACGACCCCCGGCGCAAGGCCGGCAUGGCGGCUGCCGGCGGCGGCCUCUUCCUCCUGUCCGGGCUGGCAGGGCUGAUCGCCUGCUCCUGGUACGGCCACCGCAUCGUCACCAACUUCUACGACCCCACGGUCCCUGUCAACUUCAAGUUCGAGUUCGGCGCCGCCAUCUUCGUGGGCUGGGGGGGGGCUGCCCUGGCCCUGCUGGGGGGGGCCAUGCUGGCCUGCUCCUGCCCCCGGCGUGGGGGGCACGGCCGGGCCUACCCCCGCAGCAAGGCCGCCAGCCCCCAGCCCCCCAGCAACCGCGAGUACGUCUGAGGGGUCUCCAUGCUGGGCCCC